CUGUCCUUCAUGCGACUCAACUCAUUGGACCUCUCACCGAACCUCUCUCGAACUGCAUGUACUUUCUCGGACUGACAAACACUUAUUUACCAUACUUCUUCCUUUCUCACGGAGCAAAGCCUCAGGUUCAAGAUCUCCUCUGGGGAGGAACAUCGCUAGCUCGCUAAGCGUUUGGUGUAAGUUCCCUUGAUUUGGCAAACAGAAGAACACCGUUGUGAAACUGUCCUUGGUGUCUUCUAUUCAUCCUUUAUACAUGGAUGGUUGAGAUGAGCCUUCAUAUUUAAUGCCACAAACAUAGCCCAACAUGGCUGUAGACGAUCAAAUCCGGGAGCCCGCCGGGGUGGCCGAGUUCAUCGAGAAUGCGUUUCUCACAUAUUUCAUCCCCGAAGCAACAAAUCUUGACCUUGAGAAAGCGUUUCAAGGCGUUGACGACACUAAGGCGCUCUUUGAUUCUAUCAAGCGGAGGGACACACUCUUUUUCGAUGAGACGGUUGACGUGCUGCUGGUCCUGAGGGCCCCUCUCAUGGACGAAAAGGCACUGCGAUCACACUUCAGCCGGUUGGUCGUCUCAGUAGAGGCCCAAAUCGUCAACAGCCACGCUUCGGAUAGGGAGAAGCCAUCGACGGACAUCAUCUUCCAGGGAACUGUUGAGGAUACCUCUGACCCAUUCAUCGUCGUCGACGAACCCGAAGAGGAAGACUCCGCCUCAGACUCGAACGAAAAGGAUGAGAACGCCGUCGCCCCUAUAGAUAGGCGAAAGAGGGAACCGCACAUAUAUGCUGUUUGGAAGCUCCCCGUCUUCCUCGCGCGGCCACGCAUCCGCCUGCAAGGUCCCUUUGCGACCUUCACAGCCUCAGCCGGCCUCAGACCGGCCUCGGCGGCGGGCUCUGGCUCGGCCACCCCUCUCUCGCCCAACUUCCGCAUGAACGGCGGUGCCGGGUACCUCCAGUCCGGCAUGCCCUCGGGCCUGAACCUCCUCGAACCCUUCACCAAUGAUCCGGGCCUCGGCGGUGUAGUUCCACGUCUCUCCGCCCUCCGCGUCUCCCGCGUUGCCCCCGUGACCCAAGCCAAAGACACAUCUCGGCCUCUGCGCUGCCUCUCCCAGCUUCGGACACGCAUCUUUCCCGCCGUGCACACCCGAGUCCGCUUCUCCCGCCCAAACACCAUGCCCACCUCGCCGGCCCUUAUCGCCCUCUUAGAGGUGGACUUCACCCAAUACUUCGACUGCCCCAUCGAGCUCACCAGCAUAGCCCUCUCUGUCGCCGACGGCGGUGUCGUAGACGACCUCAGCUCCCCGGCCGGCCUCACAUUACCCAUGACCUGCGUAUCUCACGACCACGUCACGUUCCUCUACCGCCUAUCGCCGCAACAGCUCGACCUUCCCUCCAAGAACCCCAACCGCGAUCUCGAUAUCCACAUCGAAGCCGUCGUGCAGAGGAAUCCCGGCAUCUGCUGCCCGCGUCUGAGCAUGACCUGGACCACCACCCUCGACUUCACCCUCCCCGUCAACCCAGGUUUCAACGCGGCAAUGCAACCAAUGCAACCCAUCCAACGCUCCCACCGCCCCUCCCAGCUCUCCAUCUCAGGCAUCGAGGCAGCCCAGUCCCUCGUCGCCCCGGCCGUCAUGCGCCCGGACUCCCUCCCCGCGCUCGAGGCCGCCACGCGCACUGUCGAGGCGCCCCUCCCGGAACUCGGCAUCACCAUGACCUUCUGCGGCCCCACGGAGCCCAUCUACGCGGGCGAGGAGUUCUCCUGGACAGUCUACGUCGUCAACCGCAGCGUCGAAAAGGUCAAUCCGGCCGUGACGCCGCGCAAGCUCGCCCUCGUGGCGCUCUCGAAACGUCGGCGCAACGAGGUCCGCCUCAUGCGACCCCCCUCGACGAGCGGAAAAGGCAAGACGGCUGCAGACGCAAAAGAGCUUGCGGAUGCGGUGCUGGAUGAGAAUGUUCUGCACGCUAUGCAGCGCAACUCGGUGGUCGAUGCCACCGAGGUCGUUUGCCUCACUGCCGACACCAGAGUCGGACCGCUUGCACCCGGGGCGUGUCACGUCGUGGAACUCAAGUUCCUGCCCCUGAAGGAGGGCCUUGUCAACAUUGAAGCCGUCAGGGUGAUCGACUUGAGCUCGCAGGAACACGUGGACGUCAGGGAUCUUCCCAUCAUGUUUGUAGAAAAGCGACCAGUGACAGAGGUAUCGGCAGCGGCAGUGACAGAGGAGCAAGAUAAGGAUGAGCAGAAGACGGACGAGUGAGUGCAAUGAGUGUCUGGGUGCUGAUAGAUAGCACUUCGCUCUCUAAACCCC